CCGCAAUUCAAUCACAUUGCUAGAAGUAUCCGUACAGUGGUGAGGUCGAUCGCCUAGAUCUUUUGACCCGUGCAAUGGACGAGUCUGCGCUCGCUCGUAUUGAGCGGCAACGAACCGAGCUUGAGGCAAACAUCACCAAACUUCGCAAAUCGCUCAGGCACUGGCAGACCCUCGAGAUAGACUACGAGAGCUUAAAGGAAGAAUUCUUCGGACUACCAGAGGGCUCGUCAGCCGAGGAAUGCUUAGAGGCUGCGCGAAGUGCGAAGCCUGAACUGGUAGAUGAAAACGAGCUUAAGACAAUCCUCAGAGACAAGAAUGGCCAUUCAUGUCGGCCUACCCAGCUCGUUGACCUGCUGUCGAAGCGCGUGGAGUACGUGGAGCGAAAUGUACAGACAGUUCGAAAACAGCUUUCGGACGCUGAGAAGAGGUGGAAUGCAUUACUUCUUGCCGAAGAGCCUGAUCAUCGAGAUGAUGCCGGUCUACCGUUGGCUGAUAUCACCGAGGAAUUGGACGAGGCAGGGAAAGUGCUAUCCAGCAAAGUCGAGACGCCUGGUUCAAAUGCACCUCAACUAAUCGAUGUACUGAAGCAAGCAGGCGUCACCGAUCUAGAAGAGAAGAAAGGCACAAUUACCAAGGUCUCUUCUCUCAGCGAUGAUGAGGCCGAUGAAGUACGCCAACCCGCCUCCUCGCCAUUAAACACCCGGGAAGUCCCCAAAUCGAUCGCAUCAAACGAGUCUCCCUAUAUACCCACCAAUCCCAACGACACCGAAGAAGAAGCGCAACUACGCCGAGAAAUGUUUGAGUAUUCCAGAGGUAUAGAUGAAGUGGGCGCCAUUGUAGCAGAACUCGAUCUAGGAGAAGAAGGCUCAGAAGUCUCCUAUGACGAGCAGGAUGACGUCUUCGAACUCGACUCUGAAAUGGAAUAUGAGGAGGACUUCGAGGAGGAUGAGUCGGAGGAUGACGUUGGCAAGAGCAAGAGUCGGUUGACGGUACCUAGGGGCUAUCGAAAGAGAAUGGAGGAGUUGCAGGAAAAGCUCGGCUUGAAGAAUCUGGGACCAGAGGCAGAAGCUGAAGCCGGAGCCGCCGUUCUCGAACAGCCUCCACGACCUGCAGCAGCCGAAGCUGCCCGGAAGGCCGCACUUGCGAGACAUGAGCAGUCCACUAAGAGCAGCUUGAAGUCGUCUGUCAAGCCACCAAACGACAAUGAGCCAGCAAGCAAAAAGAAGCCGGGCAAGAAGAAGGUGGCUUUCUCUUCAGAACUUGACGUAGCAUCCCCGAAGCCUAUCAGCAGUGCAGCUCCCCCGACUCAACCUCCAUCCGAAAAAGAGACCAGAGAAUCGAAAGCUAAGCCGAUCGUCGAAUCCAUCGUGGAGAGAACAGUUAUUGCCGACGAAGUACAGGCUCCUGCUCCAAAUAAACCAUCGCGCUUCAAGGUCGCACGUCAGUCCCAACCUCAGACGCCAAUGUUUGCGCGCCCGAUGACGCUCCCAUCUGAAUCUUCGGAACAGAAGCAAGAACACUCACCCUCACCAGCGUCUCGGUCUAGCAUUGUAUCCGCAGACCUGGUUGAGCGCCCGUCGCCAAGUACACCCAAAGCUCCAGAUGCAGAUGACUUCCCUGAAGAGGCUCAUGAACGCGAGAUCGCGAUGGAAUAUCAAAGACACCGCAUGAAACGGAUCCAUGCUCAAGAUGGCGGUUUCGUGGGGGACGGAGAAGAAGACAACUACGGCGAAAUGGUCACUGCAGGUAGAGGCAGGGCCAACGAGGAUCCAACUGGCAGGAAAGUCAGCAGGUUCAAAGCGGCCAGAGUGAGUCGGUGAAAGGGCGUCACCAGCUCUGAGGGCAGUGAGUAUAAGUAAGUACUCCGUCAUGCAAUCAAGCAUCAAGAGCACGCCGAUACCUUUUUUG